AUGGCCUCAGCAUCAAAAUCACCCCAUCAUGUCGGACCUACCACCCUUCGUCAAGAUCCAAUUCAUGCCAAUCGCCAUAUGAGAGUUAUUUGUGCGGGUGCGGGUGCAUCGGGCAUUUAUCUCGCAUACAAGUUGAAGCAUUAUUUUACAGACUUUUCGCUUAACAUAUACGAGAAGAAUGAGGACAUCGGCGGUACCUGGUACGAGAACAGGUACCCGGGCUGCGCUUGCGACGUACCCGCCCGUAAGGUUGUUGGCGCUACCUGGAAUGAAGAUGCUAAAGAGUGGAGCGUGAAGAUCUGUAAGGCAGACGGGACCACUUUCGAACAGGGCUGUGAUUUCUUCAUCAAUGGGUCAGGUAUUCUGAACAACUGGCGAUGGCCUGCGAUUCCAGGCCUCAAAACUUUCAAGGGACCGCUCUUGCACUCUGCUGCAUGGGAUGAUAAAGUCGAUUUGACUGGUAAACAUGUUGGUCUAAUCGGCAAUGGCUCUUCCGGCGUCCAAAUACUGCCACAAGCUCAGAAGUACUUCCACAUGGCUAACUCCCACGUCUACACGCAUCACUAA